AUGAAGUUUUUUAUCGACAAUCUACCUAUUAUCUUCCCUUAUGACCGAAUUUACCCCGAACAAUAUGCGUACAUGUGUGAUCUCAAACGAACCCUGGAUGCAACAGGGCACUGCGUUUUGGAAAUGCCUUCAGGAACAGGGAAAACCGUUUCAUUGCUGUCUCUAAUUGUGUCAUACCAACAGUUUUACCCCACGAAACGGAAACUUGUUUAUUGCUCACGGACGGUUCCAGAGAUCGAGAAAGCAUUGGCCGAGUUGAAGCGUCUCAUGGCAUACCGGAUCAAGUUUGCGGAGACUCCUGAACAGAAAGAAAAAGAAGAAAGUUUUAUGGGACUCGGACUCACAAGUAGGAAGAACCUCUGCAUACACCCAGAUGUCUCUAAGGAGAAGAAGGGCAAGGUAGUUGACGCUCGUUGUCGAGACCUCACCAAUUCUGCUACAUGUGAGAAAGGUCGCGCAGACCCAGGUUCAGUUGAAUUGUGUGAUUGGCAUGAGAACCUGGGUAAAGGCGAACCUGGGUCCUUAAUACCCUCUGGUAUAUGGACACUAGCUGAUGUUCUUCAGCACGGGCGUGAAAAUAAGACAUGUCCAUACUUCACAGUCCGGCGAAUGAUGCCGUUCGUGGAUGUCAUCAUCUACUCAUUUCACUAUCUGCUUGAUCCCAAAGUUGCCGAACAAGUUUCCAAGGAACUUUCAAAAGAUGCCAUCGUCGUUUUUGAUGAAGCCCACAAUAUCGACAAUGUGUGCAUCGAGUCACUGAGCAUUGACUUGACCCGACCGAUGUUAGAUUCAGCUGCUCGCAGUGUCGUGAAAUUGGGUGAAAAAAUAGAAGAGAUCAAGAAAACGGACACGGCCAAACUACAGGACGAGUAUGCGAAACUUGUCGAGGGGCUACAGGAGUCAGCGACUGACGCUGCUGACGAAGACGCAUUCAUGGCUAAUCCAGUUUUGCCAGACGACCUCCUCACAGAAGCUGUUCCGGGAAACAUCAGAAAGGCCGAACAUUUUGUGGCAUUUUUGAAGCGAUUCGUGGAGUAUCUCAAGACUAGAAUGCGCGUUUUGCAUGUCGUUGCCGAAACGCCAUUGUCGUUCCUACAGCAUUUGAAAGAUAUCACUUAUAUUGAGCGGCGACCAUUACGGUUUUGUGCGGAGCGACUACAAUCGAUGAUCCGUACAUUGGAACUGAAUCGGCUAGAUGAGCACUCAGCGUUGCAGAAGGUUGCAAGUUUUGCAACGCUCGUUGCAACUUACGAAAAGGGGUUUCUUCUUAUUCUUGAACCAUUCGAAACCGAUAAUGCGACCGUCCCUAAUCCCAUCUUCCACUUCACAUGCCUGGACCCGUCGCUCGCAAUCAAACCCGUAUUCGAGCAUUUCAGUAGCGUCGUAAUUACUUCAGGAACCAUAUCCCCGUUGGACAUGUAUCCGAAGAUGCUGCAAUUCACCCCCGUCGUGCAAGAAACAUAUCCCAUGACGCUCACACGCAAUGCUUUCUUACCGUUGGUCAUCACGCGAGGAAGUGACCAAGUUGCCAUCAGUUCACGCUUCGAAGUCAGAAACGACCCUGCUGUAGUCCGCAACUUUGGAAGCAUUCUCAUCGAGUACAGCAAGAUCGUACCGGACGGUAUUGUAGCUUUCUUCCCUAGUUACCUUUACAUGGAGUCCAUCGUCGCAGCUUGGAAUGAUAUGGGUAUUCUCAACGAGGUCUGGAAGAACAAGUUGAUAUUUGUGGAAACGCCAGAUGCAAACGAGACGAGUAUCGCUUUGGAAAACUAUCGCCGAGCUUGCGAUAAUGGCCGAGGAGCCGUUCUUCUGUCGGUCGCGCGUGGUAAAGUGUCAGAGGGUAUCGAUUUUGACCACAACUAUGGGAGAGCUGUGAUCAUGUUUGGGGUGCCAUAUCAAUACACGGAGAGCCGGAUAUUAAAAGCACGGUUGGAGUAUUUGCGUGAUGCAUACCGUAUAAGAGAAUCCGAGUUCCUUGGUUUUGAUGCCAUGCGCAACGCUGCUCAAUGCGUUGGACGUGUCCUGCGAGGUAAGACUGAUUGGGGUCUGAUGGUAUUCGCGGACAAGCGUUUUGCUCGUGCCGACAAACGGGCUAAGUUACCCCGGUGGAUAAACCAAUACAUCACCGAGGUUGCUUCUAAUCUUUCCACGGACAUGGCCUUGACACUUUCCAAGCUCUUCAUGCGCACAAUCUCGCAGAAUCCAAACGAAAAUCAGACUGGUGUAUCGUUAUGGACACUGGAAGAUAUUGAGAAAGCGCAAGCGAAACAAAAGGAACAAGCGCUGCUCAUGGAGCAACAACAAGAGCAGGAAGACGAAAUGGAUGUCGACUAUGGAGACGGUGGGAUUGAUGAUGACGUGUUAUUGGGGUUGGAUGUGUAG